AUGGACGUGGUGACGCCUGCUCAUCUAGAGACAAAAAUCCGCCAAGAGAUCGGUGCUGCGCUAGUCGAGGCCGUAGAUUUGUCCGAUGGUUGUGGUAGUAAAUUCAGUCUUGUGGUCGUGCACGAAGGUUUCGAAGGCCAGUCACUACUAGAACGCCAGCGUCGAGUAAACGAUUGUCUGAAGGAGGAAAUGACGCGUAUUCAUGCGCUGCAAAUGAAGACGUGGACGCCUUUGCAGUACGAGCAGAAGACAAAGAAGAAGCUGCCUCUGGGUGAUAACCAGCUAUCGGAGGAGCAGUAG